UGAGCUCAGAUAUUUCUGCCUCUGUCGGAGGAAAAGUCACUUCACUCUGUGGGUCAUGGACUCCGAGAAGGAGACAAACCCAAUUUGCUCCAGAGGCUGGGACUCAUUUAGGCGAGUGUUACGAUUGGAUCCGUAUCUUCCCAUCAUCCUCCUGCUCCUGUGCCUCCUCCUACAGACAGUCAGCAUAUUCCUGCGAGUAACAGGUACAAAUGAGCAGAUUUCUGAAGUUAAGGGAAAUAUAUCCAUGUGUUUAUCAGGUACAAAUGAGCAGAUUCCUGAAGUUGAGGGAAAUAUUUCCAUGUGUUUAUCAGGCCCGGCCCAUAGGUGCCCCCGACGCUGGAUCCUAUUGCAGAACAAGUGCUAUUUCUUCUCUACAGACAAGAGGAACCUGUAUAACAGCGACACUUACUGCAGGGCCAGUGCCUCCAUCUUGGCACAAGUCAUAAACGACAAGGACAUUGUAAAGAUAUUAAUUAAAGGCCUGGGACAUGAAUACUGGGUCGGACUCACUCACAUUGGGACCCAUCACCAGAACGACAUAUGGACAGGACGAUGGGCUGACGGCAGUACAGAGGCCGUGACUAAUGGCAGUGGAUCGUGUGUGAAGAUUGGAGAAGUUCUGAUGUUGGAGAAUUGUUACACGGAGCUGCGCUGGGCGUGUGAGAGAGAUCCGGCCUGAGGAUUCUGAGGAAGAGGAUUUAUUUUGGGGUUAUUAUUCCCUGGGGGGGGCUGUAUAUCAGGGGCACCGGUGCAACUACAGAGGAAUCAGACCCUGCGGGGGACCUGGACCAAAUGUGCUGAUCACCCACCAGACUGAACCCCUUUAUCUUUGUGGAACUUUCUCAUUAUCUCUUUGAUUUGUGCAACAAUUUGUUACAAUCACCAGACUGAAUUGUAUGUCACGGGCAGUGGAACAGCCAAUCAUCAUAUCAAAGGGGGCGGGGCUUUUAUAUUGACUAUUGGAAAUCAAUGUUUCUGUUUUAUACUUAGACUUUUAUCCAUUUCACUCACUGCAAAUGAUCAGGGAGACACUCAAAGACGGGACUCCAGAUAAAUAACACGUUUAUUGCAGCAGCUAAUGAUGUUUCAGGAAUCAGUCCCUUCAUUAUAAGAUUACAGACAAUGCAAUUACUUUAUAUACAAAAUGUUACAGCGACCCCUACUGGGCAAUUCAAAAUACACAUUUUAAUAAAUUCAAUCAAUAAAAAAACAAAUGUAGUAUAAAGUAAAAAAAAAUCCAAUGUACUAUUUAAAUCUCAACAGGAGACAAAACCUCCAUCAAUUUAAUAUAAUUGUGUAGAACAGGGAGGAACUUUGUUAUUAUGCCCCAAAUCUGUUGUAUUUCUCAUAAUAAAGAAAAUCUUGUCCCUCACUAUCCACUGAUUUCCUACAGCCUUUGUGUUUCUCCUGUCGCUUGUAUGAAAUAAAUAUAAAAUAAAGUAGAACAGUCUAAGGGCCAUUGAGAUAAAGGAUGGGGGGUCUCCGGUAAGUAAACAUUUUGCCUCAUGUUCCCCAAACAGCGUUAAGGAUCUGAGUGUAAAAGUUAUUGAACAGGUGAAAUUAGUCGUCAGGUGAGGGUCUGAUACGCUCUUCAGAUUUAACGGAGGAAUUUUGGAUUGUAAAAUGAUAUACGAGGAUUCCAUGGGGAUUGAAUACAAGACAAGAUAUUAUUUAUAUUGAUAAGAUCUGGAGGAAAUGAACUUAUAAAUAUUGAGCAGACGUGGAAGUAUCAACCCAAAAGAUUAUUCAUAUUUUGAAACGUUGUCUAUUCCUGUGUAGAAGGUCUACGAUACAUUAAGGAUAUGAGUGAAAUCCGUCCCUUCUAUCUUGGACAAUAUACGAUUUCAGCAUUUCCUUCCACUUUAUAGCAGCACAUGAACAUUGUAGUUUAGGGAAAUAUUUUUUAUUUUAAUAGUACAUUGGGUUUUUGGGGGUUUUUUUUUUU